AUCAAACUCAAAGACAUCUUUGAAACCCCCACAGAGAUCACACUCAUCCUUGAGUUGGUGACAGGUGGUGAGCUGUUUGACAGGAUUGUAGAGAGGGGAUUCUACAGCGAAAGGGAUGCAGCCCACGUGGUGAAACAGAUCCUGGAAGCUGUCUCCUAUUUGCAUUCAAAUGGAGUCGUCCACCGUGACCUCAAACCAGAAAAUCUUCUCUACGCAGAUCUCUCCCCCGAUGCGCCACUCAAAAUUGGUGAUUUUGGUUUAUCUAAAAUUGUGGAUGAGCAAGAUACGAUGAAAACUGUAUGUGGCACACCAGGAUACUGCGCACCCGAAAUUCUCCAUGGCUCACCAUAUGGCCCUGAAGUGGAUAUGUGGUCUGUAGGCGUCAUAACAUACAUUUUACUGUGUGGCUUUGAGCCUUUCUUUGACCCAAGAGGAGACCAAUACAUGUACAGCCGAAUCCUAAAUUGUGACUAUGAGUUUGUCUCCCCUUGGUGGGAUGAAGUGUCCCUCAAUGCCAAGGACCUGGUGCAAAAGCUGAUUGUCCUGGAUCCCCAGAAGAGGCUAACAGUUCAUCAAGCUCUAGAGCACCCUUGGGUGACUGGCAAAACUGCAAAGUUUGCACAUAUGGACAGCACUCAGAAGAAACUGCAGGAGUUUAAUGCCAGGAGAAAGUUAAAGGCUGCCGUGAAAGCAGUGGUUGCCUCCAGCCGUCUCGGCAACCACAGCCACCACGAGGGAUGCAGAAAUGAGCGCCAUCAAGAUGCUACCAAAGAGGACAGCGCAGCUCCCUCAGCAGAGAAUGACCUCUUUCUCCCAGAGAACCUUUACGAGGAGGAGAAAAUGGAGACUGAUACAGAAGAAGCCAUGGCCAUAAACAACCCUUUAGCCAAGGUCGAGAAGCUCGAAGGCUUCCAGAACGAGAGUCCCGCAGCCCCGGUGGUGAUACUUAACGGUUCCGGCUGCAAAACCUAAUGCUACGAAACACCAGCAUGCUGCUCUUGUCACCAACUCAAGGAGUAUAAAGUCUGUCAUCGCCACCAAUAGACCAAAUUCUAACAAUGACCGUCAAAGGCCACCAGCCAGAUUGAGAGAGCAAUUCAGAAAGCUAAUAGAGAUUACAAGAAAGUGCUGUGGGGAUAUCUUCUGCAACCUGGCACCUUCUGGUUGUAUGGGAUUCCUGCUCCCAUCAUCUUCAGCCAGGGAUGAUGGAAGCUAUGAUCCAAUUUUGGGGGGAGAGCACCAGACUGGGGAAGGCACUAAGGGUAGGCAGCUGAAGAGCAGUUUGUCUUGUUUUGCAGAGAAAUCCAUGUUUUUUAUUAUCUUUGCUCUGUGUGUGUGUGUGUGUGUGUCUUUGUACACACAAGCAUACAGCAAAAGGAUAAGAAUAGAUGCAUUUGUAUGGGAGCCAGGUAGUUUAGAAAUCAGAUGAAUAUGUAUGUAUGUAUGUAUGUAUGUAUAUUUCAAACUAUUUCUAUUGUAUAAAUAUUCUGGGUGGCUCCCUAGAAGGCAAAUCUAUCAGAAGGCAGCAAGCUUAUUUGUUCUUUUCUAUUUGAAAUCCCAUAGUAAUAAUUCAGGGAGAAGCAGGGGGAGAAAGAACUUUUCUUCUAUUGCUACAUAAGAUCCUUUUAACUGCAGGCGCCGUCUUUGAAUUUGAGGCUUUCUGCACUCAGAGUAUUUGCUCUAAAGCUGCUGCAGUCUUUCCAUUCAACGAAUAACUUUGAACUGUGGAUACCCAGAAGUAUAAGAUGCUUCUCUAAGAAUUCAGUGACUUUCCCAACUGUUUGUGAGCCAGAUGGAAUACAUUAAGGAACGGCAGCCUCCAGAUGCACCCUCUAACCCAGUGGUUCUCAACCUGUGGGUUGGGACCCCAUUUGGGGUCGAACGACCAUUUGACGGGGGUCGCCAAACAACGCAGUCCGCCAUUUUUUUUCCCCUUUUCCUUAGCUGUGCUA